AUGCCCUGGCAACCGCUGCCCCGUAUCGCUUUCGCCGUCGCGACCUACCCCUUUGAGACUAAGGACGAGAACGAGCUCCCUCUAGAGAUUGGCGAUGAUCUAUAUAUCAUAGAAGAGACGGUCGAUGGCCAAUGGCUAAGGGGAUAUCUUUUAGCCCCUCCUUCGCUUUUGGCCGGUUUGACUUCUGUUAAGGGUCAGCCCCUUGAAGCUCGCGUAUUCUCGGGAAUAUUCCCACGUAGUUGCGUUGAGAUUCGCGAGGUGUUAGGCGAUGGAGAUGGAAAUUCAGAUGAUAGCAGCAACUAUCAAGGCGAUGAGGACGCGCCGCAUAUUGGGAGCGACUCUGGAAAGAGUGGGGUGGCCUCGUCGACCGUAAGAAAGUCAUACGCUCGAGAGAUAGAGAAUGGGAACAGGCUGUCAAGACCAAACGGUGCCAUGCUGGGCGGAGCAAUUACGCGCGUGUCUGAUUUUAGAGUCCGUGAACCAGGAGCGCCUAAGCCAGCGGCACCAGUUCCUAUGCUCAGACUAGGCGACGAGACACCUACAUCGACUAUGGAACCCCUCAUAGAUGAGAUCGCAUCGUGCCUUCGAGAGUGGCAUUCGACGAACUUCCACGAGCUACUACUCACCCGGCAGUAUGCUAAGCUUGACAAGGUAUCUCAAUUAAUCCAGACUCUAGACCUGUCAAGACGGCAAUUUUUACAUAAUCUACUCACAACCCGGGAAUACAAUGCGCUGCGCGAGAAGACGGUCUGGGAUCUAGUCAGGGGAAAUAAACUAUGCGGAGGGGAAGUCAUAGUACGCGAUCCCAACGAACGAGGCAGAGUCCUGACUGGCGAUGAUUCUGUCGUAGAAAUCACAAAGCUUCAGUCAGUCAUGAGCCUUCUGGACGAGCCCCCACAACCCCAGGUUGAACUGUCCGCCCUACACCACCUAAUGGUUGAUAUUCGGAGUUUUGCUGGCUCCUCGAACGAACAGACGACUUUAGUGCUGUACCUCGUCAGUAAGUCGGUUGGAGGCACUUUGACAACCCUAUCAGAGAGCUACAUAAUCGAGGUCCCCGCCGGUGGUACAAUGGGCUAUUUGACUAGAAAUCCUCAGAUGCGUACUCUGUUCACUGAUCUAACCUCAUCUGAUAUUGGGGACGGGCCAUCUGCCGACUCGGAACUGUACCUCAUUGUGAAGGUCCGCUCACCCCAGCAUAUUGUAUUCGGCAAGCCAGUCUCAAGGUCAGGGUCAUUCGGACAGCCAAACGCGCCGUUCUCGAAAGACAAACCUCUAUCUUCUGGCGGUAAUAAGUCUUCUAGGAGAAGCUUGAUGUGGGGAAAUACCCGGUCCGCAUUUUCUCGAGGGGGAACCAAACUUGACGCUUUAUCUGAGCAGCCGGAAGAAAGGCCACGAACGGAAGGCUUAGAAAGUAGAGACGGAACAUAUCCGCCAAGCACUGCAGGCUCAACGAGAGGACCGCGCCCGUCUAUUGACGGACCACAGCCUUUGCAUAUGCUCGCGGAGAGAAUGGUGGGUAUCGGUGUUCUAAGCCUUAACCAGAUCAUGAAACAGGAUGAAGAAACGGAACAUGUACUUACUGUCUGGUCGCCGUCCGCGGGCUUCUCAACUGAGAAAUACGACAGCGCUGAAGGAUGGGAUGGGAUGGUUCGCGACCUCCUGGAAAGUAAAUCCGGACACUACGAGAAGUCCAGAAGGGCCGAACGACUGCAGGUUCAUCUGAAAUCUUUCAACAGCCCGGAUGCGGAACUCCUCGUCAAAUCAACCCCCACAUUGCUAUCAGGCAUUAGCAAGACUAACAAAAUGGGGUUCUCCGGCGCACCAACGAAGCCUCGGUCUGAUAUUUAUGUGACCCUCUCCGAAGCUCUCCUCACUCGCCAGAGCCUGCUUUCCCGGUUUGGAGCCAGUGCUACCAAUAUAUCUAGUAGUGUGCACGGUGGAAACCUUAUGGUCUCCUUGGAGGUUCGCCGCCAAUCAGGGGAGCGAAUUGAAGACUGCAUAUACCCAUCUUCGAAUUCAGAAGCGUUGACUACAUGGCGUUCGUUCGCCGUGGAGCGCAACGAACGUUGGGACCAGACUCUUCGUCUUUCACUUCUACCUGCCGAUGUUAGCAACGCUCACGUUGUGCUCACCGUCUCCGACCUUCCUGCUACACCAUUUGCAAUUGCAUACAUGCCGUUGUGGGAUCAACACGCAUUCCUAGGUGACGGUUCACAUUCUCUGCUUCUGUAUAAGCUUGACGAACACACACAAACAGCACAGGCUGGGGCUGCUGGUAAGGGCGGCUAUCUUUCUCUCCCAUGGAGUGCUCGUGGAGACUCGAGCGAAGUCACUGGACCACUUGCCACGCUUCGGGUCGAGACCUAUUUAUGUAGUACAAGGUUUUCUCAGGACCGCAUAGUCCUUGGCUUGCUGAAAUGGAAAGAAGGGCCCCGAGAUGAGAUACCGUCAUUGUUGAAGCAGCUGAUCUUUGUGCCUGAAAUCGAGGUAGUCAAACUGUUAAACGACGUCUUGGAUGCUCUCUUCGGUGUUCUCGUCGAAUACCAGGGCAAUGAUGAGUACGAAGAUCUUGUUUUCACAGCUCUCGUUCGAGUCCUAGGCAUUGUCCACGAUCGGCGAUUCAAUCUGGGCCCUUUGGUUGAUCACUACGCCGAAACCCGAUUUAACUACCCGUUUGCAACACCUUGUCUUGUGCGGUCCUUCACGCGACUACUGACGAAGCCGACCGAGUCAGAUACUGCUCGGAAAUUACGAGCGACCCUCAAAGUCGUACGCCACAUCCUAAAGUUUAUAACGCACGCAAGAGGACAGCAGAAGGUUAAGGAGGCUGGAAUUGGCAUUACGGGCAGUACUGCUAGCUUUACGCGACACCUGCAGAGUAUUUUCAAGGCUCUUGAUUCCAUGAUGCGAAGCACCGCACCGGUCUUGGUUGGAAGCCAGACAUUGGCCGUGCAACAUUUUCACACCUGGUUACCCGAACUCACUGGACUCCUGACAACCGAAGAAAUUCUUCAUAUAGCCAUCGACUUUAUGGAUUCAUGUGCUCUUGUCAAAGGGAAGCUAGUAUUGUACAAGCUGGUUUUAAUUAUUAACUACUCUAAACUAGAUCUUUUCUCUGGUCCCGAGCAACGGGCUGCCCUCAGUGCUAACACUGUUAGAUGGAUUGCGCCACAUUGGGGUCGGACGGACGAGAUUACGGACCAGUGGAGGGAUCAAGUUCGCCUUUGCUGUUCAGUAUUAGCUAGUCAAGUUGAUCGUCUAAACUCUGAGAUCCCUGACUACAUACCAAAGAUCAUAGGAUCAUACUUGUCUAUUCAGGCUACGGAGUUGAAGCCUAAGAGCAAAUUCUCUCUUCUCUUUCCUACAACAUACCCCUUCCCAAGCAAGCCGAUAACUGGCGAGGCUGUACUGUUUGAUGAAGCCCUGAUCGAACUAUCAGCUAUCCUAUCCGCCGUUUCGAACUCGCCGAACGGAAUGCAGCUUGAACUAGCUGUGGAGGAUCUCACCACUCUAUUAAAGAACACGCUUCACGUACACAUGAGUAUUCUCGAGGGCGAAGCUUUCCCGUCAAGUUGGCUCAGCGUUUACAUAUAUCAUCAUAAAUCUACUAUGAGGACACUGCAGUAUCUCGCAAGCAUUCUCCUAGAGUCCUUUCUACCAGAUCCAGAUGAGGCUGAAGACUUUGACACGGAGCUAUGGCGAAUGUUCUUUAGUACACUCCUUAGACUCGUUGGCAGUGAACACUUGGCGCUAGAGACGUUCUCUGAACAGAAGCGAAGAGCAGUUUGGAAGAUUGCUGGUGAUGUGAGAGAACAUGGCGCCGAUUUGCUGAGAAGGACUUGGGAAGCCAUAGGAUGGGAGACGAGUCCCGAUGAAAGAACGCGGUAUGGCUUGACAAAAAUGGGAGGCUAUCAAGUCCAAUACGUGCCAACUCUUGUGGGCCCGAUCGUUGAGCUUUGCUUGAGCGUGCACGAAGGUCUAAGAAGAAUGGCCGUGGAAGUCCUGCAAACUAUGAUUGUUAGUGAGUGGACGCUGAGCGAGGACCUAUCCGUCAUCCAAACCGAGAUGAUUGAUUGCCUCGACGGGUUCUUCAAGGACAAGAUCAUGACCGAGAGUAUUCUACAGAAGCUAUUCGUUAAUGAGCUACUCGAAAGAUUCCACCCCUUAUCGCACGUCGAUGGCGACCCUUUAUACGCCGCAAUAAGAACUCUAAUCGAGACCAUUGCAGAGUUUUUAGAUCUUCUCGUCGCCGUCCACAGCGGCGAUACCACAAGCGAGGCUUCGCAUUUGAUCAACCGUCUGCAGCUCAUGGAAUUCCUCAGAGAUAUGCAGAAGGAAGAGAUAUUUAUUCGAUAUGUCCACCAGUUAGCUGGGUUGCAAUUCGAUGCUAGAAAUCACACCGAGGCCGGCCUUGCUCUCCGCCUUCAUGCUGAGUUGUAUGAUUGGGAUCCUACAAAGCUCACACCCGCCCUACAAGAUCCAGAAUUUGCAGAGCAGUCGCAUUUCGAGCGCAAGGAGCGUAUCUAUUUCGACAUGAUCAAGCACUUCGAGGAUGGAGAGGCUUGGAGUAGCGCCCUUGCCGCGUAUAAAGAGCUUCAAGUUCAGUAUGAGAACAACGUCUUUGACUUUUCCAAGCUUGCAAGGACAGAAAGGGCCAUUGCGACCAUAUACGAAAAGCUGGCAAAGAGCGAUAAGCUGGUUCCCAAGUAUUUCAAGGUGGUUUAUAAGGGCCUUGGUUUCCCCCUAAACCUGCGUGACAAGGCCUUUGUAUAUGAAGGUUCGCCCACUGAACGCACGUCAGCCUUCACAGACCGCAUGCAGGAACAGUACCCAGCUGCACAGAUACUCGCGUCUAGCGACGUCGACAGCGAAGUUGAAGGGCAAUUUCUAGUCAUAUCAGCCCUCAGCCCACAUCGUGAUCUGACCCACCAAGUAUUCCAGCGAUCCAGAGUCCCGCAGCCUAUACGCGAUUACCUUCUUUCAGCCCAUGCUCAAAUGUUUUCUGUAUCCUCGAAGCGCAGUACCAGCGGCCCUGUCGACACCCACUAUGCCGAAAAGACUGUCUACACCACAGCGGAGCCUUUCCCAACCAUAUUGCGACGUGGUGAAAUUGUGGAUGUGCAUACUGUGCGACUUAGCGCAAAGGAGACCGCGCUUGAGCGAAUUGUCCGAAAAACGCAGGAAAUGACAGCAGUUGAGCGGAGACUAGCAGAGGAUGAUGAUGAGGAGAUUGCACAACUGAUGGUAGACGCUAUUAGCAUAUCAGUCAAUCCCGUAUCGGAGAGUAGCGUUGCUUGUUAUCACCAACUCCUUCCUACCCCCCAAGCCGAUGACGAUGAACCAGAGCUGGACCAGCAGGAUAAUGCAAUUAAGAUGGCGCUUGUUGACCACGCGAUUAUGAUCAAGAGAUGCUUGACUAGCUUCGCUCGCAGUUCGAACCCCGUCCUCAUAAAGGGAUAUGAGGACUCUUAUAGAAACUUCUUGACCACGUUCGCUCCAGAGAUCGCAAUAUUUGCCCCUGCUCAACAGCCUCGUGAUAAUGGUUCUUCUGCACCGUCGCCAACUUGGCAGCGGCAGUCUCCCAUUACCGAGAACCCAUCCUCAGAAGCCAAGGCCAUGACACAGAUGGCAAUUUCAAAUGGCGUUGUCGAAGAGGCAUCAGCCAUUCAGCCAAUCUCAAUAAGACAACGUGGGACACGGCUAAGCUUCUUAGGUGGCAAGAAGAAGGAAUACCAACAACAACCGAAUGGAGACGCUUCGAGCUUGAAGCAGACAAAGGGAGACAGCGAUUCGAACAGUCAGACAAGCAAGGGCAAAGAUAACUCAACUCGUAGGAGCAUAUUCCGAUCUCCAUCAAACGACACAAAUGUCGGCUCAAAUCCGUACAGUCAGACAUACCCGAACGGUAUUGUAGAUCCAACUAUACCCGAAUGGUCAGUGGACCGGUCACGCAAGAGCAAAGAGAUAGUAGAUGUCUUCGAGAGUGAUUUCGACAGGCCUAACGACGGCGGGAUAGGGUUUAAUUCGGUUAGGAAACGGCUGAGCAUGUUAAAGCUGGGAAAGAAGCCCAGUAAACCGAACGGCUUCUUUAUGGGAGGAGUCAAUGAGGAAUAA